AGAAAGGAUGACAGCUCCAGUGGAGGGAGAUCGCUGAUGAUUUCAGACCAUCACACCCAAUAAAACGCUUUAGUUUCCUGUUUCUGACCAGGUUCUGCUCAUUCAGAGGUCAGAUUAGAGUUCCUGGAUGAACAGAUUCCUCUCAGAAAUGGAGGCGAAGCAGCUGAAAAGAGACGUCGAGGCUCUGAUCGGUGAUUACAUUGGACAGAAGCUCAGAGAAAUCUCCUUUGAUCCAAAGGGGAAGGGAACGUCUACAAUGCUGGACGACCUGGCUCACUAUGAUCUAGCUAUCAGCGUUGCUCUUUGGUGGUUGGACAAAGAAGCAGGACGCGAUGUGCUGGACAGAGACAUCAUCGGCGCAACAUGUGGCUCAGGAAGUAGCCAGUACCCAAAUCGUUUAGAGCGGGAGGCCAUGAUCCUGUCGUCAUUUGCUGGGAUGAUCAUGAACAGCCUUCCGGUGGAGGAGAUCUUGGCUCUGUACAGAUGUAAACCAGCUGCUUCGUAUCCAAGCCAGCAGUCCAAGGGCUCCAUCGUGGUUCCCUUCACGCUGUCCUACCAUCCCUUCGCCAUGCUGGGGUCGUAUCGAGCCGUCCAUCACUGCAGGAAGCACAAUCAGAAGUUGAAGCGAUGGUUGUCUGAGAGAUGCAAGGAGAACCGACCUGCUGGACGAUCUUCAUCAUCAUCAUCAUCAUCUCAGUCCUUCCUCAGCGUCAGCAGUGAAGAUUACAGAGCUGAACACUAUGAAGGAUCCCAGGAGUCUCUGCAGGACUGAAGACUACAACUACACAACUACACAACAUCACAACUACACAACUACACAACAUCACAACUAC